AUGGCAGUGUCCCGAGCAUCUGCCGACAGGGAGCGACUGGCGGAGCAGAUCCAAGUCACGCAGAAGCUGCUCCGGGAUCCCGAGACAGAUUGGACGGAGCGAUCGCUGGUGAUUGGAAAGCUCGCGGACACUGUCGAGACCCUGGACAAGGAGGCAGGAGGCUACUCGGACGCGGUGCAGCUGCUGCUGGGGCUCUCGAGUGAACUAGGGGCCGGACUUGCGUCGAUUCGAUCGAGACUGGUCAAGGACAUCUGUGAGCACCUACAACGGAUCGUUGUGGUCACAGAGAGAGACUUUAAGGACAUGGCAAACGCUCUAUUGCCCCAAAUCAUCAACACGAGUCGGAACACGUUGGCGGCGAUCCGUCAGCCGGGCGCAAAGCUCUUGCGGAAAUUGUCGGAACUGGUGCGGUACGACUUGGCGCUACUGAAAACGAUUUACAUGCGAUCGAACCAAGACCGACCUCGUGUGCUGAUCCUGGAGCAGUUGCGAGUCAUUCUCGUGUACUGGUCGGAAGACGAAGUGCUGCCGUGGGAGGAGGACGUGCUGGAGAUCGUACAACACGGACUAUCUGAUCAAUACGAGAACGUGCGAGAGGCAGCACGUGAAGCUCUCUUGCGAUUCUCGUCGAGAUGGAGCGAUCAAGCGGACGCAUUAGUGGAAACGCUAUCGAAGCAGACGAAACUGUUGCUGCUUCAUAAGCAUAAAGACACUCCAUUGGCCACGGCUAUCGUGAACAAACACCCGGAUUUGGCCGCUAAAGCCGAAAUGUUACGCAGAAGAGCUUUGUUGCGCUCAGGCGCUAGCAGAUCUCCUCAAAACAAGCGUGACCAAAGAACCCGGUUGCAUGCGUCGGGAAGCAUUUCGCCAAGCCGGUGCGAACAACAAGAAGUUUUGGAGCAAGCUACGAUAAGUAGUGAGGUGGCCGUGAGUCCAACCGCUGCAGCGUUGGAGACGACAGAAGGUGUGCAGCGUUUAUCCGUCACUGCCGAUCUGCACAGACGAGCUGACGAUAGUCAGCCGAGCGACAUCUCUGACAUACUUGCCGCUCACGCAAUGCACAAGACCGCGCUGCCGCACGCGUCCGCAGCUGCCAAGACGUGUGUCUCUGAAGCCGGGGAUUAUUGUCGACCGACUGCGGCGCGGUCUAUAAGUGGAUCGAGUAUCGAAGAAGGUUCGCUGCAGCCCAGCAUUCGAGAGCUUAUGGAUUGCUAUAGCGUGAGCCCAUUGAGUCGCAGUCCAAGUUCUUCCAUCGGAAAUGUCCCAGGGUCACCAGCCAGAUCCCACGACGUAUCAGAACAAAUACCAUCUUUGCUUUCGGAUCCAGAAAGUAUUACGAUGGAAUCAUGGAGAUGUGCCGGGCCGUCCACACCUGCUGGCAGUGACCUUGUCGAAGAGAACGAUACGGAGCUGAAUCCAUUGAGCGCAAGCGACGAGUAUUUCAGCAAGAUGAUUCCGAGUUCAAUCCCAGUGCUUUCUUCGUCCUCAUUCGACAAUGUAACGCACCGACCUGGGCGACGAACGCUUGCUUGUCAGGAAGGCGAUGAUUUGCCGCUGCAGACGCAUGCCUCUGUGAUGCCGUCUCCUGAAACGCCGACAGUAGAUGAUCCAGCUGAUCAUUGGCCCGCGACGACCACACCACCUUCUCUCGUUUGCAGCAGUCGACCGAACCAAGAAGCGGAAUCUCUAGCGGGUGGACAAGACCUUGACGUUGAUGAUGGUGAGGAUAUUGGCAGUUUGGCAGAGGCCAGCGGUCGUGUAGAGUUUGGUGGCAAGUCAAAUCGGUCUUUGCUGGACCACAUGCGAUCUCCAUGUCGAAGUGAUGACGAUCUGGCAGCGGAAGAGGACGAAGCUGAAUUGGCUACAGGAUAUGGUUUGUACGAGUGGCGUCGUGAUGAAGGAGCCGUACACUUGCUCGACACCGAGUGGGAACAUCGUCGGUUGGAUCGUAGUCGAUCCCGAUGUGGUAGCGAUGGCGAUGCUAUUGACCACCAGCAUGACGACCAACUGAACCCGAGUGAGCACGGUAUCGUGUCAGGUGGAACGCGUGUGCAAAGCGAUAGUGAAGAGGAAGAAUGCAAGAAAGAGGACAUGUCUGCGGAAACGAAAGCGGAAAGUACGGGUACCGACGCAUUGGCAUGCUUGAUGGAAGUUCAACGAGAAAUGACGCGUCUUCGAGCAAUCACGAAACAUGAAGAGCGAUACGACAGUGGUCUUCUCGAUGACAAACAAAACACACUUGCUCAACAUGCGAUUGAUACAACGGAAAUGGAUACAGAAGUGCGAGAGCAGGUACUGGUGCAGCGCGGUCCGAUACCAUGGGAGGAACCUCGUUUGGAUAUGUCAGACAAGUCUGAUCGUAACGUUCAGAACCCGCUUUUGGUGCCGGGAAACGAUACUGAAGGUGUACAUUCGAGAAGUAGCAGUGAUUCUGUGCAGGUGGAUGAGCACGUACUUGGUCAAGCAGCGGAUCUACAAAGUGCGUUUGAACGAUCGGAGGAUAGCAACGGUUUCGAACAUCAAGCAAAACGCUGCCCGCCUCACUUGCGUGCACGUACAGGCGCUAUAAUUGACAAGCGUGGGUCUUUUGAUUUCGUGCAAGAUUUUCUAGCGUCGGAAGAAAUGGAUGCACCACUGUCAGAUGUGCACGAGGUUGGUCAAACCCGAGGGACACUCGGUAGCCAUGUGCAGCACACUAGGCGAUUCGAUGCGGCAGAGCAGCACUUUGCUGCAAAGGAGGUUCAACCGACGCAAAGCUCCAACGACAGACCGCGAUCGCUCACCUAUGAACACAACACCCGUUCGGAACCGAAGAAGCAGGCGCUUCCACCAACACGGUUGGAAGCUUGGCUGAAUCCGUCGUUUGCUGAGGAUCAAGAGGCUGUCCAGGACAGAGGCAUGCGUGAGAAUGCCAUUGCGUCAAAAGCACUGGCUGCCGAAGAUGCGGCUGCGCUUGUUGACGAAGAAAAGGGCGCUACUGCAGAAGAAGAUGACGUGGUCUUUCCGAACGACCUUGGACGUGCCCCAGGAGCCGACAACACGAAGGAGGCGUCAGCACCGGUCUGCAACGAGCGUCGCGUAAGCCCUUUGGCAUCUGGCGCAGCCCCUUGCUCGACACCGAAGCAGUCCAUUGCUGCCCGAGAAAUGAAAGCUUCGCCAGCCACAUCGCGCUGGGCUAGCUCAUUUGCUGCUACAAUCACCGUGCUGUUAGCGGCGGUGUUUUGCGUGGGCGGCAUUUAUCGAGCAGUGACGAUAGUGCACGAUUCUCGUGAGUACCACUUGGCAUUGAAGACGCGGAUCGACAAAUUCGAGGCGAGUAUCACCGAAUCUCACGAGAAGGUGCUGAAGCUUGAGGAGGACUAUGCCAUCUGGAGCGAGUACGUCCGCAAGCUCACGGAAGAAGACGAACAGCACGCAUUGACGCAACUGGAAACAAUUCAAGCCGAAGUCCAGAAAUGGCAGCAAGAGAUGAAAGCAGACCUCGCGGCAUUCCGUCAGACACUUGCUGUGGACUCGAUUGAGGCCUCCUUCGCACCUUUUGACGUAAGCAACACUGAGGAAACUGAGCAGUAA